AUGAAAGAGACAGGGAGCGAAUAUGAUGAGUCGCUACCACACACGUCUUGUGUGUUGCGUUCUGGUUUUUGGGAUAGGAAAGUUCAGUUUGAGAAUGGUGAAACAGAAAAGCAAAUUAAGGAAUACACACGUGUCGCGAGAAAAGUAGUUCCAUUCAUGUCACUACACACGGCAUCGCACGCUAUCAGCAGUGCGCGCAAAGAAGUGUGUUCUAGCUCUUGGAGAAGAGUAUGUUGUAGCAGUAGUAGUGGUGCAGAACCAAAGGAGGGCCAUGAGGUGAGAGCUCAGGUCACAGUGAGAAGGAAAAAGCUAGCGGUUUUUGUGUCUGGUGGAGGAUCCAACUUCAAAUCAAUUCAUGAGGCCUCCAAAAGGGGUUCACUUCAUGGAGAUGUUCUUGUAUUGGUCACAAAUAAAAGUGAGUGUGGUGGUGCGGAGUAUGCAAGAAAUAAUGGUAUCCCAGUUAUAUUGUUCCCUAAAGCAAAGGAUGAAUCCAAUGGAUUAUCUCCCAGUGACGUUGUUGAUACACUAAGGAAAUUCGAGGUCGAUUUUAUUCUUUUAGCUGGAUACCUCAAACUUAUACCAGCAGAAUUGAUCCGAGCUUAUGAAAAAUCUAUAUUGAACAUUCAUCCGUCACUUCUUCCAGCUUUUGGAGGCAUGGGCUAUUAUGGCAUGAAGGUUCAUAAAGCAGUAAUUGCUUCUGGAGCAAGAUUUUCAGGUCCUACAAUUCAUUUUGUUGAUGAACACUAUGACACAGGGCGUAUCCUUGCCCAGCGUUUGGUCCCUGUUCUUGCCAAUGAUACUGCAGAGGAGUUGGCUACAAGGGUUCUCAAUGAGGAGCACCAAUUAUAUGUGGAGGUAGUGGAGGCUGUAUGUGAAGACCGUGUGGUUUGGAGGAAAGAUGGUGUUCCUCUGAUCCAAAUCAAAGAAAACCCCAAUGAGUUUCGUUGAUUAUCUUUGAUAUGGGGAUUUUGGUUGGAGAUUUUGCUUAUGCAAUCUUCACAUUUGCCCCAAAUCUGUAGCUAUUGAAUUGUAAUUAUUAGGCAGGUAAUUUCCGGUGGCACUCAUGUCACAUCUCCUCUAAGAAUAUAAUAAGCAGGUGGAUUUUGAUACCGGGUUGCUAAGCAUACUUUUGGAGUCCUUCAUUCCCCACACAAAAUUCCAUUAACGUAUCAUGAUUUUGCUCCUUAAUAAAGAAAUUAUCUACUAUACUAUUUGGAUAAGAAAUUUGAUGUGCCAUACAACAUUUCUUAGUUUAUAAAUAGAGUUUGUAGAGCAAACGGAACUCUCAACGAAUGCCAAAGCUGCUACUGCUAUUCUCCCCGUCUUUUGCUAUUUCCUAUUUUUUUUUAAACAUUUUUUAGUAGUGGUACGAACUUUGAAGUAUUUAUAUCAUGAGCGUAUAUAAGAUUGCUAUUUUUCUCCCAA